UGAGCCCGAUUAAGAAGAUGACCAUCCAUUUGGUAGUUGUUUGGUAAGUUUGGUGGUUGGGAAAAGAGGAAGAAAACUUGGGAAAAUCAGGAGUAAAUAUCAUCGUCUUCUCAUCUUUCUUGGGCUCUUCCAUAAACAAUUUUUUUCCCAUCUUCUUCUCAAAUGGAAGAAACCCCAUCUGCGGAUAUGGAGAUCAGAGCAACAAAGAUUGCCUUUUCCUCCUCUUCCACUUCACCACUUUUUGUCAUCCAUGCUCUUGGAUUUUCUCCCUCUUUGCAGCUGUUUUUGCUUAGUGAUUUUGGUGUUUCUUACAGCAUCUUUUCCUCUGUUUUCAGUCUCCCCUUCACACUUUCCUCCCUUGUCAUGGCAAAGGGUUAUAUAAUUCAAGCUUUGAAUCAGCAUAAAAUGGUUCUUCCGCCAUCCUUUUCCUCUUUGGUUUCAAUUUACAGGUCCCUCUUCCUGACCCAAGUCUGCAAUUCAGUGAUCAUCUUCACAGCCAACGCAGUUGCCUUCUCAGUCCUGUUCAUGGGGUUUAAUUCCCUUGAAUCAUUUGACUCUUCAUCGAAAAAUCCUCUCAUACUGUUUGUCGCUAGAUCUUUUUCUUACUCCUUUCUGGCCAACACCAUGGUUCUCUGCAACUUUGCUUUGGUUGUGACAGGGAUGGAGAAUUGUUCCGGGUAUUUGGCAGUCUUUAAAGCCUGCAGUUUGCUGAGGAGGUGUGGGAACUCAAGGGCUCUGCUGAUGGCUCUGCCAGCUAAUUUGGGUGCUGCUGCUGUUGGAGCAUUGUUUCAUUACCGAAUUGUAAGAGCUUAUCACCUUUCUGGAAGGCCAGGCUGCAUUUAUAUGGCCUUGGAGGGGUUGCUCAUUGCUUACUUGUAUUCCCUCCUAAUUGUUCUUGACACAAUUGUGAGUUGUUUGUUCUUCAAGAGCUGUAAGCCAACUUUUCAGAUGGAUCAAACUGGUGGAUGCCAUUACCAGAUAGAGCUUGUCAAGGGAGAAGACAACGGCACUUAUGCAAAUAGGAAAAUUCCAUGAGUAGCUUUUGGAGGAAUAGACUAUCUUCUAGUUGCUGUACAUACAAAUGAAGAACAAAAUUCAAUCUAACACAGAUGCAAAUGAAAAACCAAACCAUACCAAGAGCUGGAAAAAACAAGUAGGCCAACUUGGUUUUCUUUUACCUUGUAGGCACAUAGCUCUUACAGAUGAUCAUAGAGAAGUUGGUUGUAGUUUCUUACAUUUUCCUUUCAUAGAAAAGUGAAUUUAGCGGCAAAAAUUGCAGCAAUUCUAAUCUUUUAUUUCUUUAA